AUGGGAGAUUUGGAGACUAGCUUAAUCCAUACACGAAAAACAUGUAGAAUAGAGCAAAUGGUAGCAAAAUGGCUUCAUCGCUCUCGGGACAGCGCGGCCAGGUGGGACCAGGCUCCUCUUUGUGGGCCCACAUUUUUGGGCAAGGCUAGGUUGAGUUACCAGGGAUCCUGUGGCUGCUUUCCUUCCCUGAGGUCUGAGAGUGGACGCGGUGCUGGCCUUGGGGAGCCCUGGGAGCAGGGAACGGUGUGGGUCCUCUGGGAGCAGGGAAUGGUGUGGGUCCUCUGGGCACGCUGUGCAUGGCUGUGCCCGUCCGACGGCCGCUCUGUCCGCAGGGGCGGCAUGGCAGCGAUGGACAGCGCCGGCGAGGGUGCGGCGCAGCCCCCCAGCCGUGCCAGGGUGACCCUCACGGUGUACAAGGACCUCGUGCUGCAGCACUACGGCUUCGAGAUCUGCCCGGGCCUCCCGCUGACCAUCGCCUCGGUCACCGCAGGCAGCACGGCGGACGGCAAGCUGCAGCCGGGUGACCAGCUGCUCAUGAUCAACUCCAGCGCGGUGGACGGGCUGUCGGUGGAGCGGGCAGCCAGCCUCAUCAGGGACGCCGGUGACGAGCUGCUCCUGACCGUCCUGCGCUGCACGGCAGGUGGCCCCAAGUCGUCGUUCCUGACCGAGGAGAAGAGGGCGAGGCUGAAGACCAACCCCGUCAAAGUGCGUUUUGCGGAGGAGGUGCUGCUGAACGGGCACUCGCAGGGGAGCUCCCUCCUGUUCAUGCCCAAUGUCCUCAAGGUGUACCUGGAGAACGGACAGACCAAAGCUUUCAGGUUUGAGAGGAGCACCACCGUGAAGGACAUCGUGCUGACGCUGCAGGAGAAGCUGUCCAUCCGCAGCAUCGCCCACUUCGCGCUGGUGCUGGAGGAGCAGUACAACCUGGCCAAGGUCCACCUGCUGCACGAGGAGGAGCUGAUUGCGCAGGUGGUCCAGAAGAGAGACUCUCAUGACUACCGCUGCCUCUUCAGAGUCUGCUUUGUCCCCAGGGACCCCCUGGACCUCCUGCAGGAGGACCCAGUGGCCUUUGAAUAUCUGUACCUGCAGAGCUGCAGCGACGUGCUCCAGGAAAGGUUUGCUGUGGAGAUGAAGUGCAGCGUGGCGUUACGCCUGGCUGCCCUGCACAUCCAGGAGAGGAUCUACGCAUGUGCCCAGCCGCAGAAGGUGUCCCUGAAAUACAUCGAGAGGGACUGGGGAAUCGAAAACUUCAUCUCGCCCACCUUGCUUCGGAACAUGAGAGGGAAGGACAUCAAGAAAGCCAUCAGCUACCACCUGAAGCGGAACCAGGUGCUGCUGGACCCUCGGCAGAAGCACGCGCUCACAGCAGUCCAGGUGCGCCUGAGCUACCUGCAGAUCCUGGGGGAGCUGAAGAUGUACAGUGGGAAGAUCUUCAAUGCCACCAUGAUGCUGCAGGACAGGGAGUCGUACGUGGCGCUGCUGGUGGGCGCCAGGCACGGCGUCAGCCAGAUCAUCAACAGCAAGCUGAACAUCGUCACCAGCCUGGCCGAGUUCCCCAGCAUCAGCAGGGUGGAGCUCAGCGAGGAGUCCGAGCGAGUGAGCACAGUCAAGAUCUACCUGCAGGACCUGAAGGUGCUUACUCUGCUGCUGGAGUCAAACAGUGCAAAGGACCUCGUCUGCCUCAUUGCUGGCUACUACAGACUCUUUGUGGACGCAAACGCCUCCAUAUUUACCUGGGGAGAGAAAAACCAGCAACUGCACCGUGUCUCAGCUGAAGAAGGGUACGAAUCCCGAGCCUGCAGCGACUCCGAGGACUCCUGGGGCCCGGACUCCGGCUCGGGGAGCCCCGCGGCGAGCGGCGGCGCGGCGGGGCCGGGCGAGCCGCGGGCUGGCGGCGGCGACCCCGCCACCGACAGCGCGUCCGAGGCGUCCGACUCGGCCACCAGCGGCAGCCGCGGCUUCCAGAGCAGCGGCUCCAGCGACUCGGUGGCUGCGCUGGAGGGAGCGCGGCUGGAAGGGCCGGAGCGGCUCCAGCCCCGCGCGGCCGUGCCGGGGACGAGCGGCCCCGACGGGAGCGGCUCCGACGGGAGCGGCUCCGACGGGAGCGGCCCCGCCGGGAGCGGCUCCGACGGGAGCGGCUCCGACGGGAGCGGCCCCGACGGGUGCGGCCCCGCCGGGAGCGGCUCCAACGGGGCCGGCCCCGCGGGGCUCCCCGAGCCGGGCUGCCCCAGCCCGAGCCACGGCUCGUCGCCCGCGGGCCGCGGCUCCGGGGACAGCGAGCUCGUCCUGCGGCCGCCGCCGGGCUUCGGCGACUCCAGCUCCGAGGAGGAGUUCUACGAUGCCGCGGACCGGCUCAGCCCUCCGGAGGCGCUGGCAGGCUAUGAUACAGCAUGCUGGGAGGGCACAGAGAACUCCUGCAUCCCAAAGAGGCUGAGGUGCUACAGCCUGGGGGAGAAGCCACCGACGAGGGAGAGGCAGGGGCAGGAGAAGGAGCUGACCUACACCAGGAGCCUGAGGAAGAGAAGGUCUUUCCUGAAAACUGUUUACACCUCACAGGUCAGUUUCCCUGCAGCUCUCCCAGGCUCCACACAGCGCUGCUGCUCCUGGCCGCCCACUCAGCCCUCGACAGAGGACACAGGGAAGGACACGGAGAUGGGGAUUCCUGCAGGCACGGAGCUCAGCCCUGACCUGCUGGACACGCAGCCUGACACCACGGAGGCAAAGUCGGUGAUGGAAUGGCUGGCUUCCUCCGUUUGGAACCUUCACCAUCCUGCUGAGCAGUGUGGGGAGGAGGACAGCAGCCCCCAGCCGCAGCAGCCCCCUUUGCUGUCCCUAGAGCCCCUUCCCCGAGCUCCGAGCAGAGCUGCCCAGGAAGGCUCCCCAGGGCACACAGUUCCGGGGUGUCUGAGCGAGGAGAGCCGAGUGCCCGCUGCAGGCUGGCACACCCAGGGGCCACAGGAGGACGGGGCUGAGGUGGUGGCCGGUGUUGUGUCCUCUGCUGUUGCCUGCCCCUCUGAGGAGCUCCUUCUGCUGCCACCGGCCCCUGGCCCCAGCACAGCCCCUCCCCGGGAGCUGGCCCAGGACCGGGGGCUGCUCCGUGACAACGUGGAGCCUUCCCUGGCUCCCUGUCAGGACAGCAAAGCUGAUGCUCAGGGGCACGCUGAUGCGGGUGCAGGGGGGCUGGUGCUGGCGGCAGGACGAUGCCAACCUGCCCUGCUGGAGCGGGCUCUGGCAAGGAGCUGGCGGGCAGCUCAGGGCAGGGCGCGGGGCAGCCGGGAGGCGCAGGGAACGCGGCUGAGCAGCAGCUGCAGCCUGCCCUGGCUUCUCUUCCCGGAGAGCAGGCGGCAGGGCGGGGGAAGGAGCGCUGCCCGGCCCCGUCUGCCGGGCUCUCCAUCCCCGCGGUGCCUGUGCCCCUGCGGGAAGGAGCGGGAGGCUGCGGGGCUGCGGGGCUGCGGGAAGGAGCCGGGGGCCGCGGGGCUGCGGGGCUGCGGGAAGGAGCCGGGGGCCGCGGGGCUGCGGGGCACUCGCUGCUCUGCUCCCAGCCCGGGGAGGGCGAGCCGAGCCCUGCGCCCCCCGUCCCCGCCGGGGCCUCGCCAGCCCCAGCGGGGCUGCGGAGCUGCGGCUGCCGCCUGCCCUACAUCAGCUGCUUCCCGCGGCCCCGCAGCCCCGGGGAGCGCGAGGCCAGCCCGCCCGGGCUCCCGGGGCCGCUCACGGCCCCUCCGGCCGGCCGCCCCGGCCCGCCCCGGGGCCCCGCAGGACGCUCCGCUCCGGGCGCUCGGGCAGCUGCCGCGCCGGGCCUGGCUGAGCCCUGCCGGCUCCUCCCGCUUCCUGGCCCGCACCGUGGAGCUCCAGGCGGUUGUGGGGAAGCUCUGUGCUCCUCAGCGCGCAGAGCAGGGUGUGCAGAGCGAGGGUGCCCCGGGCUGGGCUUCCCAGGACCUGCUGUCCAGCUGCCAGGCACUCCUGAGCGCGGAGCAGCCUCUGGCCGAGCUGCAGGGAGCUCUGAGAGCCGCGUUCGACCGCCCGGUGCAGCUGGCGGUGAGCUGCUUCCAGCUGACACACUGCCGGCGCUGCGGGCAGCGGCAGCAGGAGCCGGGGGCUGCGCUGGGGGACGUGGUGGGCACCUGCCAGCAGCUGGUGCAGGCUCUGCGCCAGCAGCUCCACGGGCAGCUCUGCCCUGAGCUGGGCACCGAGCUCCUGGCCCGCCAGCUGCAGCCCUGGCAGCUGCCAUCCUGUCUGCUGCAGCGCUCAGGGCGUCCCCGUGGCUGUGACGGGCGGCGUGGGGGCACGCCAGGGCACUGA